AUGGAGGAAGAGCAGCGAGGUGUGAGGAUCCAACAUGGUGGUCGGGAGCGGGAGAUUAAAAUCGAAGGGAUGAAGGUGAACAGCUUUGCCGGGGUGCGGUUAUAUGAGUUUCAAGUUUUUAAUAGUAGUUUUUGUGAAGAAAACGAAGCUCUUGAACAGCAAGGAGCAGAAGGAGUAGAUGAUGACGAGUUUGUUGCAGAGAAUAGCGAUUGGAGAGAAUGGAUGGGACAGGGAAAAGAGAGGCAGAGGAAAUUCAGAAAACAACUAGUCAAAGGACUAGUUGGUAAUGUAAGAAACUCGAAAAAACGGGGAAGACCGUCAGACAUGCAAGAUGACGAAAGACUGAACGACAAUGAGUCGAGUUCGAACAGUUCUAGCGACGGUGAAGGCGGCAUCUCCCACCCCCAGUGGGCUGACACGGCCAGCGACAUGGCUGGUUUACGUGACCUGCCGUUUACUGGUCAACCUGGCUUGCUCGUUCCCAUUCCAGGUGACAAUAAACCAAUUGACUGGUUCAAUCUCCUUCUUGACACCGUGUUUUUAGAGAAUAUUAUUAGACAAACCAACUUGUAUGCCCUGGAACUAUUUUGUGGCCCCACCACUACUCCCGCGUCUCGCAUAACCAAAUGGAAGGACUUAGUGUUGGCCGAACUAAGAACAUUCUUAGGCCUUCUACUGUUGACUGGCAACGUCAGAUUGAAUCGAUUGAACGAUUAUUGGAAAACUCAUAGGUUGUUGAACUUUCCUAUGUUCAAGGAGUACAUGUCUCGAGAUCGAUUUCUUGGCAUUUUGAGAUGUCUGCAUUAUUCAAGAGUUGAUACCCCUGAUCACCCUGAACCUGCUAACAACCGGUCUUUUAAAAUUCAAAAUAUUGUUGAAUAUUUCAACAAUAAGAUGCGACAGAUCUAUUAUCCCGACCGUGAACUGACAAUCGACGAAGAGAUGGUACUGUGGCGUGGCAGACUGGUCUUCCGCCAGUACGUAAAGGGCAAGCGCCACAAAUAUGGGAUCAAAAUUUAUUCCCUGAAUGAACCCGAGGGACUCAUGCUGCGCUUCCAUGUUUACACGGGGAGUCAUGACUCUUGUAGUGGCAAAGGUCAUACCGUCAAAGUCGUCAUGAAGCUGAUGAGGGACUUCCUGGGGAAAGGCCAUUCCCUGUUCAUGGAUAAUUUUUAUAAUAGUUUUGUCUUAUCAUCCAAACUUUUACGUCAUUCAACCUACACUACCGGCACCCUACGCAUCGACAGACUCCAUACACCUCCAGCGGUGAAGGCAAAGGCAUUGGGCAAAGGUGAAACGAUAGCAAACUAUGCCCAAAGUGUCAUGAUUGGAAAAUGGAGGGAUAAGCGGACGGUGACCUACAUCUCCACACAAUAUGACAACGAGAUGGUCCAAACCACCAACCGGAGAAACCAAAAACGAACGCUGCCAAAACCAAUCAUGUACUACAACUCUUACAUGAAGGGGACUGACCGCUUGGACCAAAUGGUAUCGUAUUACCCCUGUGAGCGCAAGACCCUGCGAUGGCACAAGAAAAUUUUUGUGCACUUUCUCCAGGUUGUUGUUGUAAAUUCUUUUUAUCUGUACAACAUGUACAACUCAGAUAGGCUGUCCCUGUAUGACUUCCGAGUUCGUGUACUUGAAGACCUGCUCCCUCCAAAGGAAGCCCCACUGCUCAUCACACCGACUCGCAACAGCAUGCAUCGUCUCUCCAAAUCAAUGAAGCGCAAAGGAAACGGCAAGUCAGUUACCCGGAGGUGCCGCGUUUGCUACCAAGAAGGCAAGCGUAAGGAAACAGUAUACUAUUGUGCAGUGUGCCCUGACGAACCAGCUCUGUGUGAACUCGGUUGCUUUGAUAAGUAUCACGAGGGCAAAUAA